GCUCAGGUAAAGGUGUGGUACUCCGUGGAAGAUUUCUGCUGUUGACUAUUGUGUUGAGUGGUAGCUAAACUUCAGAUACAGACAUCACUGGUCCACAUCACCAUUGAAAUGGCAACUGUAUGGACCGGGGAGAGAGGGAGCAUCAAGCCCAAGGCAGGUUUCAACGCAAAGGAUGACGCUGUGGCUCUCAGAAAGGCCAUGAAGGGACUAGGUACAAAUGAGAAGACCUUAAUAGAUGUUCUAACUCAGAGGAGUAGUGGUCAACGUCAGCUCAUCUGUAAAGCUUACCAAGAAGAAGCCCCUGGCAAGACUUUGGUGGAGGACUUAGAAGGGGACAACCAUGGUCACUUUGAGGACCUGCUGGUCGCGCUGGUCACGCCCCCUGCCAUCUAUGACUGCCAGGAAGUCACCAAUGCCAUGAAGGGAGUUGGGACUAAAGACAGUGUCUUAAUAGAAAUCUUCGCCACAAGAUCCAACAAACAAAUUAAAGAGAUUUCUGAUUGCUAUUUAAAACAAACUGAGAAGAAGUUGACCUUGGACCUGAAGAAGGAGACUUCUGGAGAAUUUGCUAAAGCUAUUCUCAUUCUGGCCGAGGGCAAGCGGGAUGAAAACACACAAGUGGAUGCAGCCAAGGCCAAAGAGGAUGCUAAGACUCUUUACAACGCGGGGGAGAAGAAGUGGGGGACAGACGAGUCCAAGUUCAUCGACAUCCUGUGUCAGAGAAGCAUACCUCAACUCAGACAAACUCUGGUGGAAUACAAGAACAUCAGUGGGAAGAGUCUGCAGGAGAGCAUCGAGGGAGAGAUGUCUGGGGAUCUAGAGGAGCUACUGGUGGCCAUUGUGAAAUGUGUGAAGAAUGUCCCAGCAUACCUAGCUGAACGCCUGCAUCAAGGCAUGAAGGGCGGAGGAACGGAUGAGUGUACCCUGAACCGUAUCAUGGUCAGCCGGUCAGAGAUAGACAUGCUGGACAUCAGAGCAGAGUUCAAGAAGCUUUAUAGCUAUUCUCUGCACUCUGCCAUCGAGUCGGAUACAUCUGACUUCUAUGGGGACUGUCUCAAGAAGAUCUGUGGAGGGGACGAUUAACAAUGUAACACUAUGGAGGGGACGACUAAGACAGUAACACAACACUGCAGCCAGAAGAUGCCUGUGUAUCAUACUGGUGCUACUACUGCUACUACUACUACUAAUUCUACUACUAUUACCCACUAAUAUUACUAAUACUACUACUACUACUACCCACUAAUAUUACUACUACUACUACUACUACCCACUAAUAUUACUACUACUACUACUACCCACUAAUAUUACUAAUACUACUACUACUACUACCCACUAAUAUUACUACUACUAUUACUACUACCCACUAAUAUUACUACUACUACUACUACUACCCACUAAUAUUACUAAUACUACUACUACUACCCACUAAUAUUACUAAUACUAUUACUACUACCCACUAAUAUUACUACUACUACUACUACUACUACCCACUACUACUACUACUACUACUACUACUACUAUUACUACUACUACUACUACUACUACUACUACCCACUAAUAUUACUAAUACUACUACUACUACUACCCACUAAUAUUACUAAUACUAUUACUACUACCCACUAAUAUUACUAAUACUAUUACUACUACUACCCACUAAUAUUACUACUACUACUACUACCCACUAAUAUUACUACUACUAUUACUACUACCCACUAAUAUUACUACUACUACUACUACUACCCACUAAUAUUACUACUACUACUACUACUACCCACUAAUAUUACUAAUACUAUUACUACUACCCACUAAUAUUACUACUACUACUACUACUACCCACUAAUAUUACUACUACUACUACUACUACCCACUAAUAUUACUACUACUACUACUACUACCCACUAAUAUUACUAAUACUACUACUACUACCCACUAAUAUUACUAAUACUAUUACUACUACCCACUAAUAUUAUUACUACUACUACUACUACUACCCACUACUACUACUACUACUACUACUACUACUAUUACUACUACUACUACUACUACUACUACCACUACUACUACUACCACUACUACUGCUACUACCAUCACUUUUACUGAGCUACCUUCCUCUCAGUUUACCAUUGCAAUAUACAGUACUGGAUCGUGUUCAUUAGCCACCUGAUCUGAAUAUAUAUACUGAAAAAGGGAGGGACUAGAUGGACCAAUAAGAAACACUCAUUGUCAUUUUCUGUUGCAAUGCCCUAAUGAACAUGACCCUACUCUCUUCCUACCAAAUCUACUCAUCUUAUAGACUUUUCAAUUAAUAUUUUAGAUUAGCUGUUGGUAGUAGGGAAUCAUUGUAAAUCAGUGCUGUGUUUGAUUUUGCGUGACGGCAGUUCUGUUCUGUUUUUAUCUCUCUAGUCUGAUAGCCACAAGUCUGAUAGCCACACGUCUGAUAGCCACACGUCUGAUAGCCACAAGUCUGAUAGCCACACGUCUGAUAGCCACACGUCUGAUAGCCACACGUCUGAUAGCCACACGUCUGAUAGCCACAAGUCUGAUAGCCACACGUCUGAUAGCCACACGUCUGAUAGCCACACGUCUGAUAGCCACAAGUCUGAUAGCCACAAGUCUGAUAGCCACACGUCUGAUAGCCACACGUCUGAUAGCCACACGUCUGAUAGCCACACGUCUGAUAGCUACAAGUCUGAUAGCCACAAGUCUGAUAGCCACACGUCUGAUAGCUACACGUCUGAUAGCCGCGGGGAAGUCUGAUAGCCAUGGAGAAUAUGAAAACCUCUGUGGGGGAGAUGAUGAAUGACACAAAUCCAACACCACUUGUCUCUCUAUGUUUCCUUGUAUUUGAUUCAGCAAACGAUGUACUGCAUGUGUGCAAUCAAACUUCCCCGUGGCUAUCAAACUUCCCCGUGGCUAUCAAACUUCCCCGUGGCAAUCAAACUUCCCCGUGGCUAUCAAACUUCCCCGUGGCUAUCAAACUUCCCCGUGGCUAUCAAACUUCCCCGUGCUGUACCUGCAUUUUAUGACAUGAUUCUAAUUUAUAUAAAUAAAAACAUCUCAUUAAGAAGGAGAUACUGUACUAAAUACCAGAAUUUUUCCAACACGUUACGGAAUGUUCUAGAAUGUUCUUUAAAGACACAGAGAUCUGUGGUAAGUGAUAUGUGCUGUAUGUAAUUUACACUCACCACUAGAGGUCCCCAUUGAUUCACACAGAAGCAGGAGAUGCCAUGUGAGUGAAGCAUAGGGUCUCUGAUAUAAAGGCACGGUAGAGUUUAUAGAUGAAGCAUAGGGUCUCUGAUAUAAAGGCACGGUAGAGUUUAUAGAUGAAGCAUAGGGUCUCUGAUAUAAAGGCACGGUAGAGUUUAUAGAUGAAGCAUAGGGUCUCUGAUAUAAAGGCACGGUAGAGUUUAUAGAUGAAGCUUACAGCCAAAAGCUGCCAUAUGUCAAAACGAUUUAUUCAAGUAAAUACAGUCAUUUAUUUUUCAAACUUGGCAUUUAAUGACUCUUUCAUCUUCAAUGACUGUGAAACUAUAGAAUGAAUGUUUGAUGGGAACGGUAUCCUUCUCGUCCUUCUUUCAAGUUGAUGUCCAGCACUGUGUGACUCUUGGCUAUGUUUUGUCAUUUUUCAUUGUCAUUUUGUUAAAUUUUCCCACACGC